GGCUUUAACUCCAUAAUAGGUCCAAAUGGAAGUGGAAAAAGCAAUGUGAUUGAUUCACUGCUCUUUGUCUUUGGGUAUCGAGCAACAAAAAUAAGAUCAAAAAAUGUCUCAUUUCUCAUCCACAAAUCGAGGGCUGAUGAAAAUAUAGACAGCUGCUCUGUGUUGGUCCAUUUUGCCAAAGUGAUUGCAACUGGUAAUGAAAAUGAUAUAAUUGAAGGUUCAGAGUUUAGCGUUGGUCGAAUAGCUUUUCAGAAUAAUACAUCAUUUUACAUAUUAAACAAUCACCAAGUUAAAUUCAAAGAAAUUUCAGAAUAUCUGCAUAAAAAUGGAAUUUAUUUGACUCAGCAAAGCUUUCUCAUACUUCAGGGUGAAGUAGAAUCCAUAGCCUUAAUGAAACCAAAAGGCAGAAAUGAAAAUGACACAGGACUACUGGAAUUUCUGGAAGAUAUCAUAGGAACAUCAAGAUUAAAGCAACUGGUUCAGUACAAAUGUGCAGCUUUGGUGCAAUCAGCAGCAACCCGUUCAAGUCUUCAUCUGUGCCUGAAAUCCACAGUGAAAGGAAGUCAGAACUUUAGUAUUAAUGUCUCCAGUUUCAAUGUAGUUGCAGGAGUG